UGAGUUCAAACACAUCGGGAAAAGAUUCUUCCAAAGAAGACAUGACAGAGGCAACAGCUACGGUUUCUGCAAGCAGUUUACGGUUUGAAACAGAGAAUUACAUUAAAUUCCGUUUCUCGUCAUGCAGUGUACCAAUAGGUGAAGAACAAUCAGCAGCAUCCACAAGCCACACACCUUACCGUUAUAUUCAGUUUCUUAAAGAAAUAAUUGAGAAUGCACCACACAAAAAGGUAACGUUAUCCAUAAUCUAUAAAGAUAUCAUCGAAAUGUUUCCUGUUUAUGCAACUGCUCCACCCUGUUGGUAUGCUCACGUUAAAGAAGUCUUAAGACACUUUGACUGUUUUGUUGAAAUACAUCGGAUAUCGAGUGAUAAAGAUAGCGAACGUUACUGGACAAUAGAUCCGGACUACCGUGAAAGUAUUAGUUGCAUCCAUAGUGUUUCACAAGAAGUGGAGAAUGCGCAACGGGUGCCAUCUUAUGAAAGACCAACUUGCAAUUACAUUAAACUAAUCCAGAUGGCAAUCAUGAGUUCAUCACGUAGUAAAAUGACAUGGCAUCAAAUUUGUGACUAUGUGCAGGAUAACUUCCCUUACUUCAUCGAUUGUGGAUUUGAUUGGCGUAAAGCGAUUAACAUAGCUUUAUCUAGGAACGACAAGUUUGUUAAAAUAGUUCGGAAAGAUAAAGUCAAUUGGCAUUUCUGGAAAAUGAACCCGAGUUUAUGUUAUAUCACUGGCGAAACGUAUGACAGUUUUAAUUUACGUAGACCAAGCAGAUUCAUUAGAGGGAAUGAAAUAAGAGCGCCAGCCUCCAUUGCACCGUCCGAGACAAACUUCCAGACAUUAAAUGAAAGACCAAUUGAAGUUAAUCCGGUUCUUAACAAAAACAUAGCUACUUCAUCAGCCUCCAAAAAAUCAAAUUCCCGCAAAAGAGCAAAUCUCAUUAAUGAUAGUCUUCCGACUUUAUCGAAUUCUUUGUUAGCCUCUAUACCCUCCAUACCCUUUAUACCAAAACUAAUUCCUUCUACGUAUGAAAGCCAGGACAGUACAAACAAUACUGUACAGUGUUCAUCCGCCUCUGUAGCUACACAACAAUAUAAACCUUUUAAAGCCCCUAUAUGUCAGCCUAUUACAUGCAUUCCUGAACAGUAUAAAAAGCCAUCAGCAAAUUAUAGAGAAUCAUUAGAUGACGAAGAAGACCCAUUUUACACUAGAUAA